CCACACCGAAAGUUCCGUUCCUCACUUUUCUAGUUGCUCCGAGCAAGAUACCAUCAGACCCGAAGAGUGCCCACCUUCGGCCGUUGCAAGCAAGUUCGGGGCUGCUCCAUCGCGAAUCGAGUGACUGCCGCGUGUCUGUGGCCACAUGGGGCAGAACGGCGAGCUGAAAACCGAACAAUCGACGGCGGGCAGACCCAUUAGUGCGCCGAAGACGUGCAUGGUAUGCCGGGCAUCUCGCGUCCGACCCGGAUGCACAAUCAUACCGAGCGGACGGCGACAAAGUUCACUGCCAGGCCUACCUUAUCCGCACUCAAAAGACGCCUUGAACUUCAUCAGCCCUACGGAGUAUAUGGAUUGAGGUGCAAUACUCGCCUUGCCCAUCUGCUCAGUAGUGGUCGGUCAUCACGCAUAUCACCCAUCUGUCAUGUUGCUCGGCCCCAACAACUGUCAGGAAUGACCAUGAACGAGAAAUCACCCAAUGCCCAUCGCAACGUCAAAUAUCCUCAUUGCCUUGUCUCGGUGCUUCAGAAGUCCAUCCGCAAGCCCAGGACGGAGCAGAGCCAGGCGUCGAUGCCCCUGAGGCCGGCAAUCUCGGGGACUCAAGCGCGGUGGACAAAAUCACACCACAAACAGACCAUCGGGAAGUGGGUCGCCCGGGGAUGGAGAAUGGAUCCUCUGUGCCUCUCUUCAGCUGGAAACACACGGCUCCGGGCCAUUCAUCAAGAGCAGGCGAUGAGAAGCUGUCACCAGAUUCGCCAAUCUCAUCAGCUUCACAAUGAGCCAAUGGCAAUGGUCAUGAGGCGUAACUCAUCCAAUUCGUAUUCGGAUCGGUGGAUUCAUGUUCAAUGCCUCCAUUUGUCUCCAAGAAGAACAGACCAAGAACAGGCACAGCAAAACAUGCCAGUCAUCGUACCACACCUGAGCGGAUGCCGGUGAAUUUUUAUCGUCCCAUCGGCGUCUGGACCCCUGCGCCCGCCCUUCGAGAAGAACCAUCCAUUUCCAAAGCCCGUUCAACGCCAACACGCGCAGUCUCCACCGAGUGCACAGGUUUAUUAAUUCAACUUGACCCCUUUCGCAACUCUGCCAGAUUCCCCUCUCUGUUCUGGUUGCUGCCGUUGCAUCUCGAGAGUUGCACAUCGCCUUCUUUGAGUUUGCCUCUCCUGCAU